AUGCCGCGCGUCAAGCCCUCCUGCGUCCGCCGCGUCUCCAUCGGUGACAGUUCGGGAUCGUGUUCCGAAGAAGAUAUUAACCAUGUUUCUGAUGAAACGAGAGACCGACCUGAAGCACACAUGUGUCCUCGUUGCCAGGAACAGUUCGAGAACCUGCACGAGUUCCUGUACCACAAGCGACUAUGCGAUGAGAAAGCGUUGCAAAUGGGCGAGGAAAGAAUGCACUCCGACCCAGAGGAAAUGGUCGUUUCAGGCGACGAAGAAAUGGAUGGUCCUAACAAACGAUUAGAACAAGUCCGACGGCAUCGACAAGAUGCGGAAAACAACAACAGCCUCGAAGAUGGCGAGGCAGAAGUGCCUGAAGCCGACGUGCCACCGGUCGGUCUGCCCUUCCCAGUAGCCGGCCAUGUCACGCUCGAAGCUUUGCAGAAUACUAAAGUCGCCGUAGCACAAUUCGCUGCGACUACAAUGGCGAACAAUGCCGAUAACGAAGCGGCGUUACAUGAACUAGCCGUGCUACAAAGUACGUUAUUUACACUACAGCAUCAACAAGUGUUUCAACUACAAUUAAUACGCCAAUUACAAAACCAGUUGUCGUUAACGCGACGGAAAGAUGAUCAGCUCCCGAGCCCGCCGCCGAGUGAACCAGAGCCAGUGCCGGUGCCUCCCGCUCGAUCGCCGUCACCGCCUCGUCCGCCACGGGAGCCAACUCCUGUCGCACCCCCUCCUCCUACUAGUCAAAGCUUACCGUCAACCCAUUCGCAUCUUACACCUAAGACGGAACCUAUCUCCGUUCCUAAACUUCCAACCUCAUCUCCACCGAUGAUGUCCCAUCCACCGUAUAGCUCCAUUUCCUCAUCGUUAGCAUCUUCGAUAAUCACAAACAACGACCCGCCACCGUCUCUCAACGAACCCAAUACGCUUGAAAUGCUACAAAAGAGAGCACAAGAAGUGCUAGACAAUGCGUCACAAGGCCUAUUAGCCAAUAAUCUUGCCGAUGAACUUGCGUUCCGUAAAUCUGGAAAAAUGUCACCCUAUGACGGAAAGUCUGGAGGAAGAAAUGAACCUUUUUUCAAGCAUCGCUGCCGUUAUUGUGGAAAAGUAUUUGGAAGCGACUCUGCGCUGCAGAUCCACAUUCGAUCGCACACAGGUGAAAGACCUUUUAAAUGUAAUGUAUGUGGAUCACGAUUUACAACCAAAGGAAAUCUCAAAGUACAUUUCCAAAGACACACAGCAAAGUUUCCACAUGUCAAGAUGAAUCCUAAUCCAGUACCAGAGCAUUUGGAUAAAUAUCAUCCCCCACUGUUAGCGCAGCUGUCGCCGGGACCAAUUCCUGGCAUGCCACCACAUCCACUACAAUUCCCUCCGGGUGCGCCAGCUCCUUUUCCGCCAAGCUUGCCGUUGUACAGACCCCCACACCACGAUUUAUUACCGCCUCGUCCACUCGGAGACAAACCUCUACCGCCGCAUCCACUGUUUGCAAUGCGAGAGGAACAGGACGCUCCGGCAGAUCUCAGUAAACCAUCCGCGCCGAGUCCUUCUCAAUCAGCACCAGAGGUUAAGUCUGAACCACAAGACGAUGAAUGUCAUCGAGAAUCCAGUUUUGAAGAUGUUGAUCGUGUGUCUCCUAAGCGAGAACCUGACGAAAAUGACGCCACACAGGAUCCUGAACAAGAUAGAUACCCUUCAACUUCACCCUACGACGACUGCAGCAUGGAUUCAAAAUAUAGCAAUGAAGAACAAAUCGGCAGAGAGAGUCCUCAUGUGAAGCCCGAUCCAGAUCAACCGGAAAAUCUCUCAAGUAAGAAUUCACCGAUAUCCGGGCCAAUUUCAAUAGCAACAGGACUGCGUACUUUUCCUUCGUUUCCUUUAUUCCCACAGUCUCCACCCAGCAGUAUGUCCUCUGGUAGUUUAACUCCCUUUCCGAACUCUGUUCAAAACGUCGUUGAUGUAGAUCUGGCACGUGAUCCAAUGUUUUAUAAUUCACUUUUGCCCCGACCGGGCAGUAAUGAUAACUCAUGGGAGAGUUUAAUAGAAAUAACCAAGACAUCUGAAACAUCAAAACUUCAACAGUUAGUCGACAAUAUUGACAAUAAAGUGUCCGAUCCCAACGAAUGUAUUGUGUGCCACCGAGUUCUCUCUUGCAAAAGUGCUUUACAAAUGCACUAUCGGACUCAUACCGGCGAGAGACCUUUCCGAUGCAAAUUAUGUGGCCGCUCUUUUACGACUAAAGGUAAUUUGAAAACCCAUAUGGGUGUUCACCGCAUUAAACCUCCAGUUCAAAUGUUACAUCAAUGUCCAGUUUGCCAUAAGAAAUUUUCGGAUCCUACCAUAUUACACCAACACAUACGACUUCACACGGGCGAACGCGCUCACAUUCCUUAUGACCAAAUGAGAAGUAUCGACAUUGAAGGUUUUCCAUCCCUGAGUAACGGGUCAGACGUCAGCGACUAUCAAACUCAGCGCCCCUUCCCGCGCCCAAUGUUCCCCACUCCGACCACUCCCGGCGACCGACGGGCGGACUCCCGCGGGACCGACGAUGAGAGCGGCCGGGACGAGCGCGAGCCCGCUAUUCGGGAGUUCGACGACGACUUAGAUAUGAAGGAUCGUCGAACUUCGCCGCUCUCCGUCUGCGCCUCGGCGUCCGAAAGCGAAAUAAAAACCAUCACCACAACGGCUUCCCUCCCAUCGGCGACAGGUUCGGAGAGCGGGCGGAGCGCGCGGGCCUCGCCACCAUCGCCCACCAUGUCGACGCUGUCGACGCCGCCGCGGCUGCCGCUGCACUCGCCGCUGCCAUCGCCGCCCACACCUAUCGCCGCGCUCGGCGCGCUCGGAGGAUCGCCCUUCAGCCCGCUCGGACUCGCGUUCCCUCCCGCAGUGCGCGGCAACACGACCUGUAACCUCUGCUACAAGACGUUCGCCUGCAACUCCGCUCUGGAGAUACAUUACCGGAGCCACACCAAGGAGCGACCCUUUAAAUGCACCGUCUGCGACCGCGGCUUCUCCACAAAGAGCAGUGGCGGCGGUUGCCGGUGCGGUAGGCGCGCGCGCGCACCCCGCCCCCCGCACGCCACUGCUUUGGACCUGUGGAACGCCUUCGUUUACCCGGGCAACAUGAAGCAGCACAUGCUAACGCACAAGAUCCGUGACGUGCCCCCUGGGUUCGACAAGAGCUCUAGUGGAGCUGACGACACGAGGGACGCGAGCCCCGACCGCCGGUCGUCGCCCGACAAGCUCGACCUCAAGCGCUCGCCCCCGGCGCACCCGCCGCCACAAAUGACGCAUCCCCCACCUAUUGAUAUGCCACCGAUGCCCAAACGGCCCAGUGUGCCUAGCGGGCCGACGCAUCCCCCACCGCCCACAUCGUCCAAGCAUCUGUGCGGAGUUUGCCGCAAGAAUUUCUCGUCUUCGUCUGCGCUGCAAAUCCACAUGCGCACUCACACUGGAGACAAACCAUUCCGAUGUGCCGUCUGCCAGAAGGCCUUCACCACGAAGGGUAACCUCAAGGUGCAUAUGGGUACCCACAUGUGGAGUGGUGGCGCCUCCCGGCGCGGCCGGCGCAUGUCCCUGGAGCUACCUCCGCGGCCACUGCACGAGCCACAUGACCUGCUCAGACGCCCUGACCUCUUCUACCCGUACCUACCCGCGCCAUUCCUUAACGGCAUGCAGCAAAAGCUUAAUGAAAUAUCAGUAAUACAACAGAGCGCGGGCCAAAACGGUGUGGCUGGGAAAUUCCCAGGACUCCUCGGUUUUGGAGCAUUCGGAGGCGCCCGACCUGGUGCGGCGUCGCCACUAGAACGGCCGCCGUCCCUGGAGGGAGGCGACGAGAGACAGGCCGCCAUGCGCGAGCUGGCGGAGCGCGGGCGCGAGCUGGCGGAGCGCAGCCGGCAGCUGCGCGAGGAGGAGUACCGCGGCGCGGCGGCGCACGGGUCGCACGCGGCGGCCGCGGCCGCGGGGUCGCCGCCGGCGCCGCACCACCCGCACGGCCUGGCGCCGCUGGCGCCCCCCGCGCGCACCGAGGGCCUCACCGUCUGA